AUGAGGCGAAGCCUCUGUUUGAUUGCACGACGUCGUCUCGUGGACUGUCAUGAUCCAGGCGGUUGGUCGGAACGGGCAUUGGAGGACGCAGGUAAGCUCUUCUCUUUGAUGCCUGAGAGGAAUGCGAUCACUGAGACUACAAUGAUCCAAGCCUAUGGCGAAAGCUCCCGCGUCCAUGUAGCAGUUGGGAUCUUCAACAAAAUCCCAGAGAGCAACCUCUUGCCAUGGACUUCCAUGCUUGCUGCAUAUGCCCAGAACGGGCAGCUUGAAGAAGCUCGCGCGGUGUUUCACAACAUGCCGGAGCACGAUCUCGUCGCGUUCACCUCAAUGCUCACAGUGCACAUCCAGUCGGGGGAUCUCGAGCAAGCCAAGGCCAUCUUCGCCCGAAUGCCCGACCAGGACAUCAUCUCCAAGACAGCGAUGAUCCAGGCCUUCUCGCAAAACGGCCAGCUCCGAGAGGUCGGCUCAUCUUCGAGGAGAUGCCCGUCCAGAACAUCGUCUCGUGCACAGCUCUUCUCUCCUCGUAUGCUCGGAGCGGCGAUCUGGACCGAGCAAAACAGAUGUUUGACAAGAUGCCGCAGCGGGACGCCAUUGCUGGACGUCUCUCGUCGCUGCCUACGCUCAGAGCAAUCACUUGGAGGAGCCCAGGAGCUUGCUCGACCGCAUGCCAGUCCACAACUUGGUGCUCACCACGGCCAAUACUCGCAGCUCGGGAGAAUCGACGAGGCCGAGGUGGUGUUCGACAAAGUGGUGGUGAAAGACAUCCUGGCCUGGAAUACGAUGUUGGCGGCUUACUCGCAGCAUGGCUACAUCGAAGAACUACGGAACACUUUCGACGCUAUGCCGGAGAGGGAUAUCGUCUCGUGGAACAUCGCAGUGGCGACAGCACGGGCACGUCGACGAAGCUCGAAAGCUCUUCUCCAGCGUGCCACAGUAGGACUGCGUUUCCUGGACGAUCAUGAUCGCGGGCUAUGCCCGGAACGGGUAUAUGAGACACUUUCGACGCCAUGCCACCGGUGUCUUCCGAGGUCGUCUUCUCCAGCGCGAUGUUCACUCUGGCCGAGAGCUUCUCCGACGCCAUGGAGUUUUUCUACGCCAUGA